AUGGCUGAGCUGCCAUGUGCUGAGCCCCCGCCACGCUGCAGCGGCCGCUUCACCAUCAGCACGCUGCUGGCUGCUGAGGAGGCGGCGGGCUGUGAGGGCACGCAGCUCUCGGGCAGCUCGCUCUGCACCAGGACCUUUGGCUACAACACGGUGGAUGUGGUGCCCGCCUACGAGCACUAUGCCAACAGCAGGGGGGUGGGUGAAGCCGGACGGGGGAGACCAUCGCUGGCGGACCUCCACUCCAUCCUCAAGCCUGAACCUGGCCACCACCUCCGUGUGCCGUUGCCGGACCCCCAGCGCAGCAACGGCCUCCCCGACACGGAGGAGGGGGCUGGCGAGCCAAGCAGCGCCCCUGCGCCAGAACCUGUCCGCUUCGGGUGGGUGAAGGGUGUGAUGAUCCGCUGCAUGCUGAACAUCUGGGGCGUGAUCCUCUACCUGCGCCUGCCCUGGAUCACAGCCCAGGCAGGAAUCGCCCUGACGUGGCUCAUCAUCCUGAUGUCUGUGACCGUGACCACCAUCACCGGCCUGUCCAUCUCUGCCAUUUCUACCAACGGCAAAGUGAAGUCAGGGGGCACCUACUUCCUCAUUUCGAGGAGCCUGGGACCGGAGCUGGGCGGCUCCAUCGGCCUCAUCUUCGCCUUCGCCAACGCGGUGGCCGUGGCCAUGCACACGGUGGGCUUUGCUGAAACCGUGCGGGAUCUGCUGCAGGAGCACGACUCCCUGAUCGUGGACCCCACCAACGACAUCCGCAUCAUCGGGGUGCUCACUGUCACCGUGCUGCUGGGCAUCUCACUGGCUGGCAUGGAGUGGGAGGCGAAGGCCCAGAUCCUCUUCUUUUUGGUCAUCUUGGUGUCCUUCAUAAACUACCUGGUGGGGACGGUGAUCCCAGCCAGUGCUGAGAAACAAGCAAAGGGCUUCUUCAGCUACAGAGCUGACAUUUUUGCCCAGAACUUCGUGCCUGACUGGCGCGGACCUGAGGGCUCCUUCUUUGGUUUGUUCUCCAUUUUCUUCCCAUCGGCCACUGGUAUUUUGGCCGGAGCCAAUAUCUCCGGUGACCUGAAGGACCCUGCCGUGGCCAUCCCCAAGGGCACCUUGAUGGCCAUCUUCUGGACCACGGUGUCCUACCUGGUGUUGUCAGCUACGAUAGGUGCCUGCGUGCUUCGGGACGCUUCGGGCAGCCUGAAUGACAGCGUGGCAGUGGGCUCACCGGGCUGUGAGGGACUGGGCUGCAGCUACGGCUGGAACUUCACUGACUGCGCCCAGCAGCAGAGCUGCCGAUACGGCCUCAGCAACUACUAUCAGAGCAUGAGCAUGGUGUCGGGAUUCGGUCCCCUCAUCACAGCAGGGAUCUUUGGUGCCACCCUCUCCUCAGCGCUGGCCUGCCUUGUCUCGGCCCCCAAAGUCUUCCAGUGCCUCUGCAAGGACCAGCUCUACCCUCUCAUAGGCUUCUUUGGGAAGGGCUAUGGGAAGAACAGUGAGCCUAUCCGUGGCUACAUGCUCACCUACGUGAUCGCCAUUGGCUUCAUCCUCAUCGCCGAGCUCAAUGCCAUCGCCCCCAUCAUCUCCAACUUCUUCCUCUGCUCCUAUGCGCUCAUCAACUUCAGCUGCUUCCAUGCUUCCAUCACCAACUCCCCAGGCUGGCGACCCUCCUUUCGGUAUUACAGCAAGUGGUCUGCGCUCUUUGGUGCCACGGUCUCAGUGGUCAUCAUGUUCCUGCUGACCUGGUGGGCGGCCCUCAUCGCCUUCGGCAUUGUUGUCUUCCUCCUGGGCUAUGUCCUCUACAAGAAACCAGAUAUCAACUGGGGCUCCUCCAUGCAAGCCAGCUCCUACAACCUGGCGCUGAGCUACUCGGUAGGGCUCAGCGAGGUGGACGAGCACAUCAAGAACUACAGGCCGCAGUGCCUCGUCCUGACCGGGCCGCCCAACUUCCGCCCAGCGCUGGUGGACUUCGUGGGCACCUUCACCAAGAACCUCAGCCUGAUGAUCUGCGGCCACGUGCUGAUCGGCCCCCGCAAGCAGAAGGUGCCCGAGGCCAGGCAGGCAUCGGAUGGCCACACCAGGUGGCUCCUCAAGAGGAAGAUCAAGGCCUUCUACACCAAUGUGCUCGCUGAAGACCUGAGGAGCGGCGUCCAGAUGCUGCUGCAGGCUGCCGGCCUGGGGAAGAUGAGACCCAACAUUGUUGCGCUGGGCUACAAGAGGGACUGGCAGGCAGCCGCACCGCAGAGCCUGGAGGAUUACGUGGGCAUCCUGCACGACGCCUUUGAUUUCAAGCACGGUGUGUGCCUGCUGCGGCUGCGGGAAGGGCUGAGUGUUUCCCGAGUCCCACAAGCCCACACUAACCCUGCAUUUGGGGCAGCAGAGCAUCCUGAUGGGAACGGCACUGGCAGCAGAGCAGCACCUGGCACAGGCAUCGUAGACCCUGAGCAGCAGGCGAGCACCAUCUUCCAGAGCCAGCAGGGCAAGAAAACCAUCGACAUUUACUGGCUCUUUGACGAUGGAGGGCUCACACUGCUCAUCCCCUACCUCCUCGGCCGCAAGAAGCGAUGGGGAAAAUGCAAGAUCCGGGUGUUUGUUGGCGGGCAGAUCAACAGGAUGGACGAGGAGAGGAAGGCGAUCGUGUCCCUGCUGAGCAAAUUCCGCCUGGGCUUCCACGAGGUCCACGUCCUGCCUGACAUCAACCAGCAGCCCCGGCCGGAGCACAUCAGGAGGUUCGAGGAGCUGAUCGCACCCUUCAGGCUGAACGACGGCUUCAAGGACGAGGCGGCGGUGAACGAGCUGCGGCAGGGCUGUCCCUGGAAGAUCUCCGAUGACGAGGCGCACAGGCACAGGGCCAAGUCGCUCCGACAAGUGAGGCUCAAUGAGAUUCUGCUGGAUUACUCGCGGGACGCGGCGCUCAUCGCCAUCACGCUGCCCAUCGGCAGGAAGGGCCGCUGCCCCAGCUCCCUCUACAUGGCCUGGCUGGAGACGCUCUCGCAGGACCUGAGGCCCCCGGUCCUCCUGAUCAGAGGGAACCAGGAGAACGUUCUCACCUUUUACUGCCAAUAA